AUGCAGGCUUCUGCGGCGCCGCUGACGCUGCUGCAUGCGUCCGAGCGGCGCCUGCCCGACGCGGCGCCCGAGGUGGCCGGGCGCCUGGAGGCCGGCGGCCUGAGCAUGGCCUUCCUCAACAACAGCAGCAGCAGGUGGGAGUCCCUGGUGGAGCCGUGGCUGGUGAGGGUGGCGCUGUCGGACCCCAUCAACCCCAUCUUCAAGAGCGCGCGCACCACCUUCCUCCAAGUGGAAUCCGAGGAGCCGGUCAAGGUCAACUUCCACCCCUCGUGCCUGCUGACUAUCGGGGACUGCCUGGCCUUCUCACGGGAGCUCUCCACUACGCAGCCCUGUGGCGGCGGGCAGGCUGCCGCCCCGGGCCCGGCGACGGCCGACGGCGGCGGCUUCGCCUCUGGGUCGGGCAGCAGAGGACAUGGCGCCGUGACCGGGGCGCAUGUCGUGCCAGAGCGUGGGGAUGAGAUCAGCCUGAAGCGCGCGGGGUCGUUCCAGCCGCCUGCUCGGCUCAUGAGCUUGGAGCGCCCCUCGCAGCAGCCGCCGCUGCACGGGAGCCGCGUGCAGACGCCGCCGCUGCGGCGCGCCCUCAGCGGCAGCGUCUCCUUUGCCCCCGACGGCGCCGCCCGCCGCGGCGACGCGCGGCGAGAGACGGACGACGCCACGGGCGGCGACGACGCGGGCGGCGGCGGCGCGGCGGGGGCGGGGGCGGGGGCGCCGGUGGUGGUGCGGGAGGCCCCCCCCAGCAUGCAUGAACAGAUGGCCCUGGGCAGCUGCAUCACCAGCCGCGUGCCGCAGAGGUACCUGAUCCAAAACCUGACUGGCAGCCACAUCUGGUAUUGGGCACCACCACACAACGAUGACGGCGACGCGGGGCCGGCCGUCGCGCAGCAGGACGGCGCGGGGUCUCGCCUGCGGCCUGCUGGGCGCAAGGUGUUCCUGGCUGCCCACAGGAGCGAGGAGCUCAAGGUGUCGCCUGUGCCGCAGAAGGUGGUGCUGGCGGCCGCGGACGGCACCGUCAUCAGUGAGGGGCGGCAGCACGUGAUCUGCCUGCAGCUGGAGGGGCGUUGGAUGCCGCUGGAGAACGUGUCUGUCGACGCCGUGGGCAAGUACCGCUACGCGGCACGGGACCCGAUCGGCGCCGCCCCGCUGCCGCGGCUUGGGACACCCCACCUGCCAGGUGCUGCUUGA